AUGUCAUCAUCAUCGGAUGCAAAUCUCAUUGCUGCAUUGAACAAUGCUUCAACUCAACUAAAUCGUUACUUUGGAAUUUUCAUCUUUCUCUUUGGUAUGGUGGGUAAUACUCUCAAUAUAUGUAUUUUAUUACAACGAGCUCUCCGUUCAAAUCCAUGUGCAUGGCUCUUUCUUGCUUCAUCAAUUGUUAAUGGUAUUGGUAUUCUUGCUGGUCUUACUCCUCGACCGUUAUCAACUUGGUCUGCUGAUCUAACAAAUACAAAUCAAUUUCUUUGCAAACUUCGUGCCUUUCUUCUAUUCGAUGCAAUCACUAUUGGUUCUUGGCUUAUCAUGUUGGCUGCAGUUGAUCGAUGGCUUUCAUCAAGCAUCAGUGCUAUUCGACGACAAAGAAGCACCUUGAAGAAUGCUCAACGCGGUACAAUACUGAUUGUCACCGUUUCAACUAUUAUUGAAGCACAACAAUUCUAUUGCUUCGAAGCCAAUCUCACCAAUACACCACUCAAAUGUUAUACACAAACAAUGAUAUGUGGCAUUGUAUCGGACCUAUUCUUUGCUCUGAUUACAAUCCUAAUUCCAUUAAUAUUGAUGAUCAUUUUUGGUUUGCUGACCAUCUCGAAUGUACGUAAAUCACAAUUUCGUUUGCAUCCGACGACUUCAUCCAAUGCAUUUUUAAUCAAUUCUAAUGGAAAUGAACCUUGA